UUAGAAGAAAAACAUUGGCAAAAUAUAGACAAUUGUAGAGUACAGCGGCAACAGCAAUUGAAAUUGAACAAAUGGACAUUUACCACACCAUUUGAAGGUUGUUUAUUAUUGCAUAUUUAAUUACCAAUCGCAAUAAUUAAUAUAAAACCAGAUUAGUCGGUUUUCCAGCUUCCAGUACAUAACAAAUCGUAGCUGCAGUUUAAACACUUGAAACCAGAAACAAGUACACAAAAUAAAAAAGAAUGCUGUUCUUGGGAAGUUUUUGCGUUUUGCUCAUGUCCUCUGGGUUCGCAGAUUCAACGGAUUAUAUAGAUAAUGGUGAUGAAAUCCUUCUACAGCCGCGAUUCUUUUUACCAGCUACAGUUCAUAAAGCUAUCCAGGAUUCGCUGUUCAGGGAGCCCAAUUCGCCAGUGGAUGCAACUAGGACUAGUUUUAUAGAGAAGAGUGUGAAUUUUGUGAAAGAAGGCGCGCGUAGGAUAGGAAAAAAUAUUCCCUUCAUUAGGGACAUUGAUACAAGCGGUUUAGAUACGAACACUUCAUUCUUCAGCGGUGCAUUGGGACCAUUUAAAAAGCAUGUCUCGGCUAUAUUUCCAGGAACUAGGUGGUGCGGAGAUGGGAACAAGGCUAAGGGCUUUGAUGAUCUCGGAGUAUUCGCGAAGACUGACAAGUGUUGUAGGGAACACGACAAUUGUCCUGAGGGAAUCGAAUCCAAAUCGACUAAAUAUGGUUUGAAAAAUGAUGGUGUUUUCACUAGAUCUCAUUGCGAUUGCGAUACUGCCUUUUACAACUGCCUCAGGGAAGGGUACAGUUUGGUCUCAAAGGAAAUCGGGUUUACCUAUUUCAACAUUCUGGGACCUCAGUGCUUUAAAAAAGGUCCUUUGAGAGGCGGUUGCAUCCGUUACAACAAGGGAAAAUGUACCGAAUAUAAAAUUCUUGACGAGAAUUCAACAGCUUACCAAUGGUAUGACAACCAACUAUUUUAAAAUUAAUUUUAUCUAUUAGUGCUUUAUUUUGA